AUUUGUGAAGUCAAGCGUGAGAUAUGAGAAUGGCUUUAACAAAUAUCCACUUUCUGGCUUUCACGCUUCUCGUCACAUCCCUGUUGCUGAUGGUACCAGGUGGUUUUGCUUAUUCAAGAGAUGAUGACUAUGGCACCAAAAAACAAGAUGCGACCAAUAAAUCAAACUUUCAAGAAAAAUUUAUUUCCAACAAUAUUGCCAUUCAAGGCCUUGUUUAUUGCAAAUCUGGCUCUAAACUCAUCCCACUUGAAGGUGCUGUUACAAGAAUAACAUGCGAAGCAGCUGAUGAAUUUGGAUUUGAAACAAGAGCAUUCUCUUUCUUAAGUGAUGCAACCAAUGAGAAAGGCUAUUUCCUUGCAACAUUGUCUCCAUCUGAGGUUACAGAAAAACGUGUGCUGAAUGAGUGCAAAGCUUUCCUUGAUGCCUCUCCUUUGAACAACUGCAAUUAUCCCACAGAUUUUAACAAAGGGAUCAGUGGUGCUGAGCUUCAUUCUUAUCGCUUCCUCCAUGAUAAUAACAUUAAUUUGUAUACCGUGGGACCUUUCCUUUUCACCUCACCACCAAAAUCAAUCUCUAAUGGGUAUUAAUUAAUUACAUCAUGAUUGAAAUCUACGGCUAGAGAGUCCUUUCGUGUUUUUUUACGUGCUUGAUGGAGUUGCAAUUCCCUUAUAUUAGGAGAUCCUAAUUUCAUACACUCAUAAUCUCGUGGACCGUUUAACAAAGAUUGUGGACCCGUUCAAUAGAGAUCAAAUAAAUAAAUAAACUAUAUUGUAAUUUUUAUUUUACAACUAAAAUUAACGAGGUUGAAUUUUA